AUGGCUCGACGACUCUCAUCGGCGACGCUCGUGCACGCAGCGCUGCUGCUUGCCGCCGCCAAUGGCUUGCAGGCCGCGCGCCGCGGCGUGGCCCGCAGCGCGACCCGCGCCGACGCCCGCGCCGCGGUCAGCAUGUCGGCGCUGAAGCCCGGCGGCAACGUGCUCGCCGUGGGCAACGGCCCCGUGUUCCUGCUGGCGGCGAAGACCGCCGCCGCCGCGGGCUACCCGACGACGAUCGUGAGCGCGCGGACGGAGCUCUUCAACCAGCUGCUCUGGGCCGAGGACGAGGACCGGGACGCGAACCUCCGGAUCCUGGGCGUCACGGAGGACGAGGACGUGACGGCGUUCAACGAGGCCGUGGCGUCGGCGGACGCGCUCAUCGUCGCCUUCGACGCGGAGCAGACGCUGACGGACACGCUGCUCGACGUGGUCCUCCCGGCGGAGGGCGGCGCGAGCCGCGUCGCCUGCCUCAGCAAGCACCUCUCCGGCAAGGGCAUGGGCCCCUUCGUGACGGCGUCCAAGGUCGCGGCGAACAAGGAGGUGUGGUGCGCGCCGCCGGAGCGCGUGGAGAUGUACCGGAGCUUCGAGGCGAAGCUCAAGGCCAAGGUCGCGGCCAAGGGCGGCGACGUCACCAUCGUCCGCGGCGGCACGCUCAAGGGCGGCGGGCCCGGAGACCCGGAGUCGGUGCAGGCCGUCGCGCCGACGCUCGCGCCGCGCUUCUACGCCGAGAUCGUCGCGGACCUCGUCAACUGGCAGCUCCUCUUCGACUGCGAGACACGGGGCGUCGAGCUCACGCCCGGCGACAGCGCGACGGGCUGUGUGGAAUUCAAAUCUUCAACCCGACUUCAAUGUGAACGUAAUCGAACGGCGGCCGGCCCGGGGCUCCAGGCGGUCUUCACGGCGACGGCGUCGGACGCGCGGCCGGGCGACAGCGGCCGCGUCCAGGUCGCCCAGGCCCUCGUCCGCUCCCUGGCCCUCGACGGCGCCGCGGGCAAGGAGUUCGGCGUCACGACGAAGGCCGCGCGGGACCACCCGAGCGACGGCGAGUGGGAGGCCGAGUUCGCGAAGGUAGCAGCGCCGCGGCGCGUCGUCGCGGAGGCGUCCGGCGCGCCCGAAAUAAACCCCAUCAACAGCGACUCCUACAGCUUCUCGCCGGUCGCCACGGCGCCGGCAGGAAUUGCCGCACCCACUCCAGCAAGCAAGGUGCGCACCUACGCCCUCGUCGGCCUCUGCUUCGGCGCCUUUUUUUGCCUCGGGAGCCUCGUCGUCGCCUCCGUCGACGCGGUCGAGGAGCGCGACGGCACACUCGUCCUCGACGUGGCAGGCGGCUGGGAGGCGCCGGCGCCGCACGCGCGCUGCGCCUGGAUCGAGGCCGAGGCGCGCGCGCGCGACGCGGGCAAGACGAAGGGCGAGCUCGCGGCGCAGUACGCCGUCGUCGCCGAGGACGCGAACGCCUUCUACCGCGGCACGGCGCACCUCUUCUGGUACGACUUCGUCGUCGGCGGCUGGGGCGAGUACAACCUCGAGGAGAUCGGCCUCGCGGAGCCGACGCUCGCCGACGGGUCGCCCAUCGGCCGCACGGCGACGUGGACCUGGGUCACGGGCGACCAGCACCUGUCGAACUUCGGGGCCUGGAAGAACCGCAAGGGCGACGUCGUCCUGGGCGUCAACGACUUCGACGAGGCGGCGAUCUACGACUUCCGCAUCGACGUGCGCGCGGCCGUGUCCAUCUACAACCACGGCAUGUCGAACGGCCUCGGCCGCGCGCAGUCCGAGGCGGCGGUGCUCACGUUCACGGACACGUACGUCGAGACCGUCCGCUCCUACGUCGGCAACGAGGACGCGCUCCUCUUCGAGGUCACGGCGGACACGUCGUCGGGCCUGCUGCGCGACUUCCUCGAGGCCGUCGAGGCGAAGGAUUCGGCGGGCAAGCAGCUCCACAAGUUCACGGACGUCGUCGACGGCGAGCGGGCCUUCGUCAAGUCCAAGAAGACGAAGCUCGAGGCCGUCGACGGCGACCUCGCCGCGCGCGUCGCCGCGGCGUUCGGCCGCGACGGCUACGGCGCGUCGCUGCCCAAGGUCGGCUGGCGCGCGCGCGAGUGGGACGACGCCUUCUACGAGGUGCUCGACGUCGCGCGGCGCGUCGGCAGCGGCGUCGGGUCCUUCGGCGUGGGCCGCUACUACGUGCUCCUCCGGGGGUCGCCGCGCGAGGUCGACGACGACGACCUCGAGGAGGGCGGCGCGGUCAUCCUCGACGUCAAGUACGAGCCGGCGCCCGCCGUCGCGGCCGUCGUCGGCGAGCACCCGGGCGACGAGGCCUGGUACGCGUCCCUGUUCCCGAACGAGGCCGCGCGCGCCGUCGCGGGCCAGCGCGCGCUCACGUCCUACGCGGACCCCUACGCGGGCGUCGCCAUCUUCGACGGCGGCGCCUACGUCGUCCGCGAGCGGUCGCCGUGGAAGGCGUCCUUCGACCUCGACGAGUUCGACACGUACGCCGAGUACGCGCGCUACGUCCAGGCCAUCGCGGCGACGACGGCGACGUCCCACGUCCGCGGCACCGUGGCCAAGGCGCCCGCGACGUUCAAGGACGUCGUCGCCGCGGCGUUCCGCGAGUCCUACGCCCGGGAGACCUGGGGCGUCUCCGUCGCCAAGGUCGCCGCGGCCUACCGCGAGCAGGUCAUCCUCGACUACGACUGCUUCGCCGCCUACGCCGCGAACGAGAGCGCCUGGCCCGCGUAA